UGCCAACCUGGGUCCCCUGGGCUCCGGGCAUCCCUGGGUCAGGACCGAGGGAGGGCUCUUGGCCUCUCCAAGCCCCAGCCCCUCGCUGUCGGCCGCCCCCUCCCGCGUCUCUGCCGAGCUGCCCCAGUUCCCGCCGCUCCUCUCCCCCAGGUGCCAGGGCCCACUGGAGUGGGAGGCCACCCCUGGAACCAGCAGCUCAGACACCACCUGCUUCUCCUCAAGGCCGUUUCUGUACCUGGCCAUCCUCCCCGCUGGCCUCACUGCACCUGCCUUAAUCUGGAUCUGCACAAAAAACAAAAGGCCUCCAGGUUGUCUGGACAAGGUGGCAGCAGACUGUUCAUUUGCAUCUCACGUCCUCUGUAUAGCAAGUUCUGUGCCCCGAGAGAGGUCCGAGUAGGUGAGACAAAGGCCCGCCUCUUACUGGGGUCCUUCAGGCAGCCCCCGACGGGUAAAAACCGGCAAACACAAUCAGGGACCCACGCGGGAACGGGCUGUGGUCGUCAGGCCGCCGCCACACCACGGGGGGCGGCACCUCGGAGCCACCGGGCCAGCGCCCCUCCGUCCCCGGUGGCCUCGCUCACUCCCGGGGCGACUCCCGCCUGCAGCGCGGGGCCACGACCUCCUCGUGCUGGGACAGUAGCGCGCGCUCCCCCGCGGGACCCGGAGCAGCACGGCCGCGGGGUCAGCAGGGGCGGCCCCCCUUACGGCCUCGCCCCGGGGCCCUCUGCAGCCUCCUCCCAGCUGAGGACCCCCGGGCAGGACCUGGGGACGGAGGUCGCGCCAUGGCCCCUCCCCCCGGCCGGGCGCCCGCAAGAGCCCCAGGGACCCACGGCGCCGCCACUUCCGAGCCGCGGCACUCUGCGCAGGCGCACCGCGUGCGUAAGGCCGCGCCCCCAAGUUCCGCCUGCCGCCAGAGCGGCCGCCCCAUUGGCCGAAGCCUCAUGCAUAUGCAAACGAAGAGACCCGGUUGAGCCGGGGCCGACGCUCUGCAACCCCGAGCGAGGGGCCUGCAGCGGGGAUCAGGGCCCGGGGCGGCAGAGGGCCGGGGAGGAGCCUGGGGCUGCCGGGAGCCUGGAGCCUGGGGGCACGGCUGGGAGGCUGGCGGAGGCGCGGGGCGCGGAGCCGGGAGGCCCCGCCAUGAGCAGCCUGGACCUGGCCCGGGUGGGCGCGUGCGUCCUGCAGAAUGCGGUGACCGGGGAGGCGGUGGAGCUACGGAGCCUGUGGCAGGAGCGGGCGUGCGUGGUGGCCGGGCUGCGGCGCUUCGGCUGCCUGGUGUGUCGCUGGAUCGCCCGGGACCUCAGCGGCCUCCAGGGCCUCCUGGAGCAGCACGGCGUGCGCCUGGUGGGCGUGGGGCCCGAGGCCCUGGGCCUGCAGGAGUUCCUGGAAGGCGGCUACUUCUCGGGAGAGCUCUAUCUGGAUGAGAGCAAGCGGUUCUACAAGGAGCUGGGCUUCAAGCGGUACAACAGCUUGAGCAUCCUGCCCGCUGCCCUGGGGAAGCCGGUGCGCGACGUGGCUGCCAAGGCCAAGGCCGCCGGCCUCCAGGGGAACCUAUCCGGGGACCUGCUGCAGAGUGGGGGUCUGCUUGUGGUCAGCAAAGGUGGAGAGAAGGUGCUGCUGCAUUUUGUCCAAAAGUCCCCUGGGGACUACAUCCCCCAGGAGAGCAUCCUCCAGGCCCUGGGCAUCUCGGCCGAGGUCCAGGCCAGUGAGCCGCCCCAGUGUGACGAUGUGUGUGGCAGAUGAAGGCCCCAGGCCUCGGCGGAUCUGGGAGGGGCCGGGAGUUGGAGGUGAAGAGUCCUUCCAGAAAUCGCCGGGACGCCCUGCCGAGCUGCCUGCUCCCCGCAUUUAAACAGCCAUUAAAGCUGGGGCCCUGG